GCUUUGCUUUUGAUAGAAUCGGACGCGUCGUGUUUCGCUGCGAUGUGAUUUCCGCGGGCGCGAAUGAUCUGUGCGGAUUAUAUAAGUUGAUAAAGGUUCACGUACCUUGUUGAAAAUCCUUCUCAACUGUCAGCCAACGGGUUUUCUGGCUUUUCGCAAUGCCGGCCGACCAAAUUCAAUACUCAGAGAAGUACUUCGACGACAAAUUUGAAUACAGGCAUGUUAUCCUGCCACCGGAUUUGGCCAAACAUGUGCCGAAGGCUCAUCUGAUGACCGAGACGGAGUGGCGCAACCUGGGCGUGCAGCAGAGCCCCGGCUGGGUGCACUACAUGGUCCACGCUCCGGAGCCUCAUGUGAUUCUAUUCCGACGCAAACGCAUUCCGGCGGAGGACGCUCCACAAGUGGCAGCCGCUAAUGCGGCUCAGGCCAUCGCGAAUCUCUGCGGUUAGGCGGAGGAUGCCAAGCCGCCAAGGAACGCUCUUCCAAGGACGCACUCGUCAAUGCUCACGCAGUAUUUCAUAAGUUAGCAUCAGACAGCCUGAUGUAAAAUUAGAAACCAUAGCUUUAGGGUUCAGCUGGCAAGUUCAAAGACACGAAACGAACUGAAGACAUCGUUUCUGUUAAUUUCAUUAUGUUUAUUUACCUAAAAUACAAAUCGAAGCGUACGCCCUGUGUACAGACAGUUUAAAA